CAAAACUUGCUGCUUUUAUUUUAUCAUCAAUGAAUUUUUGAUAAAGGUGGUUACAGUAGAAAACAUGGAAUCCUUAAUAAGAAAAAUAUCAGAAAUGAAAUUAUCUAUGGAAAUAAUUGAUGGUUACAAUGAUCAUGCCAAAGACUAUUGUGAAAGCCUUUUGGAGAGGGUGAAUAAUGGAAACUUGAAGAAGAAUGAACUAGAUUCUCUCCUGAACCAAUAUCAUAAAGAAGUAGGAGAACAAGAGGCAUUAAUAAAGGUAUUAGAAGAUAGGAAAGAGAGAUUAAUGUCUCUUCAAAAUAAAAAGAUACCUAAAUGUUUAUUGAUUGAAGAAUCUACAUUAUCGAAUCAAGACCAUAUUAUUAAAGAAAUCACAAAUCUGGACAUUUCGUCGCGUGAUAAGCCUUGCGGUGAAGCCUAUAAAAUAAAAGAAAAUAUUAAUCCUUUUUUCGAACCUUUAAUGGUGAAUAAUACUUUUACUGAAGGAACUCCAUCUUUUGCUAAUUCAACAUUUUUAAAGAAAGAAUUAGUGAAUGUGACACCUAAGCCGAGAAAAGACCUUGAAAUAUCUGUUAGCUUUGUAACCAAUGAAGAAUUCUCUCAGAUUCCAGGUUAUAUGAGGGGUCGAGUCACCAUGGACAAUAUCAAUGAAUUUAUUAAUAUUUUUAAUGUAACACUUACAAAAAAGUACGAAUUGCUUAAGAAGUCAAAGAAAAAUAAAAGUAAAUCUGAAUUGGAGCAAUGUUUGCUGUGGAAGGAACAGGAAAUAGGAGAAUUAAAAGGAACAUAUUUCUGUAAUGCAGAAGAUUUGGACAAACUCGGCAACAUUAAAAUAGGAAACAAAAAGUACCUGAACAUAAUUACCAUGCUUCGACAUAUUAAACGGAUAAAAGAAGUUCGAAACAUGAAAAUUAUAUAUUAUGUCGCCUGUUUUUAAGUUUCAUUUGUAUUACAUAUUUAUGUUUUGAAUUUAUCUUUAAUAAAAUGUACAUUUGUUUAUAAAUAGUUUAUAUGUAUUUAAUAAUAUAACAAAGUUUUAUACAGAGUGUUGAUUUUAAGAGAGAUAUAAUACAUUCUAUGAAAGAAAAGUUAGUCUUGAAAGAAAAAUGAUAAUGGAAAAAAUUGUAGAACAUGAAGUCUAGCAGAAUAUUUCCAUUGUUUGAGAUUUUGAUGGCACAUGUGCAAUUGAUGCAUAUUCAAACUGUCAGGUUCGCAAAUGAACCUUACAAUUAUGCAUAAUAUUUUAAAGGGUAAUUAAUUAUAAAUGAAAU